AUGAGACGCAUAUCGACCUACUCAACUCGCUCAAAAUCAAAUGCGCCUGAGUCGCGGCCUGUCUCACAAGUCUUUCCCGCUCUUAAUGCUAGCCUUGCCUACACAUUUGUCAGGGACUUUGCCUAUUUAGCAAGCCAUCCUUUACACUAUGGCCCUCCACUGGAAUCAUCAGGUCUGGAAACUCCGGCUAGUGAACGAUCAAGACGAUUAUCUGACCCAGCAAUUGGUGGAUGGGAGGACUCGAGAAAUCAGUGGUCUGCCACUCCGCCGUGGAUGGCCGAUACCAACUACAACUCGAACAGAGACCAAUUGCCCGCAAUGACCUUCCACGAUGGCGGCCCACCCUAUAGUGAAGACGAGGAUUUAAGAUCUCCUGUGGUAACGAGCAAAUCCCGCCACAAGAAGAGCAGGUCAAAUACUGGUGAACGAGGUCGAUCACCUGGUGGUGCAGGGUUGGAGAGAGCUACAAUGGCCGGUGGAAAUGGACAAUAUGAAGAACAUCGUCCUGCCAGGACUGAUGAACUUGACGGACCUGGUGGUGAGAUCGAGACAUACUCGAAGAGACGGGAACCAUACCACCGCGACUCAAACUUUGCCAAACCUCUACAGCGUCCUCAUUCCCCUUACGACUACCGCGAAUCAGUUUCAGAGGAAGAGCGCUCCGAAGAUGGAGACGAUGACGAUGACGACGAGGCUAGAUACAGCAGGCAUUAUCAGUUCACUAUUGCAAGUCCCGACGAGGAGAUGCAUGGAAAGGCUGUUGCUCUCUUCGAUUUUGUACCUGAACACGAGAACGAACUCUCCCUUAAAGAGGGACAAAUCAUACUCGUUUCUUAUCGACAUGGUCAAGGCUGGCUAGUAGCCGAAGACAUGACAGGAGAAAGCGGUCUUGUACCAGAAGAGUUCGUUCGAUUAGUAAGUCACAUCGAAGGUGGUCUCCACAGGCUCACCACUCUCGAGAUCGAGGAAGGAGCAACAACGGCCAACGACCAUAUGAGUCCAGUCAUCAAUGAGCCAAUAACUACCACUGGUCAAACUCAAGAUACUGGAGACGCUGGAGGCCGUACUCCUACACCCAACAAUGGUGGAACUUGGUCAGAAAAGCAUCCAGCUGUGCAAUCCAAUUUCAGUACAAGCUCAAGAGAUUUCAGUCCAUUGCGGAAAGAGGGCGCUGCUAUGAGCCCCGAUAAAAGUGAAGCUUAG